AUGGAUUCUUUUGACCCGCUUGAGUUGAGGGAGGCAGGCCCUCAGAAGCCUAGAGGGCCCCUCGAGCCCAGCGUCCUCGACCGGAAGAGGCCAGUGGCUCGAUUUCCAGACAGCUUUUCUGCCAAUCUCGGUCGCAAGACUUCCUCCUUCUUUCGUCAAGACGAUUUCACUCCUGGAUUCGACCAAAAAUCCUCAUCAUCUCCUCCUCCCCUUCCCGAAAGCCAGAGCAUCAUUCAUCGAAAACGAGACGUUUUACCUGGCUCACCUUCUCCAUCGAGUACUCGCGAUCGUCAAACAUUCGUCGCGUCUUCGGUCAAGGCAAUGGUCGCGAAAUUCGAAGGAGCAACUGCUACACUCGAGAAAUCCGACAAGAUGUCUGACCACGGAGAUUUCGAUCUCACCCCCGCCUCGUCGCCCGUUGCCGACAAGGGCAAGGGCAAGGCGUCGUUUGAUGAGUCUACUGACACCACCGCUGCUUCUGUCGCGACUGGUGAUGCUUCUCAGCCCGAGAAGAAAAAAUCCGUUCGAGAGAUUGUUGACCUGGAGCUUCUCAAGAUGGAGAACUACUUCAAUGACGAGUCCCUUGCGCGCUCUCUCGACAACUAUGUUGCUCCGAAGCACAUUCACACCAAGGUCAAGGUCCUUCCUCUUGAGGAAGAUGAGGGCGUCUCCAUGGUGAAGGCUGCUAAGAUUGAACUGUGGAACAAGUUGGCUUCGCUCAACGAGGCCUUUGAGAAGCGCCACCCGUCCGCCAAGGAAGAGCGUCUCGCCCAGGAAGCUGCUUUCGAUGCCACCAACGCUCGUCUCGACGAAAUUUUCGGAGAAUCAUCCAAGCAGGGUGUUCUGAACGAAGAGACCAAGAAGUCCACCCGUGCCGAACGCAGAGCCGAGCAAAAGGCCCAGAAGAAGGCCGACAAGAAAGCCCAAAAGGCUCGCAAGGGUGAGGUUCCCGUCGCUACUGCCCCUCAGGCUGUCACUUCGCCCACCCUUGAAGAGCACACCACCAAGGAGGCUUCGCUUCGCGAGAAGUAUCCAGAGAUCUACGCAAAGAUUGACUACUGGCGCGCUCUUGGUGCUGCCAAGAAGCCCGCCGACCUUCUCGAUCCUGCCGACUCUGGUAGCGAGUACACCGACGACGUCCACUCUGAAGACGAUUCGCUUCUUGCAGCUCCUUCUCAGCCCGUGGCCCACGAGACCCAGACGACCACCGCCUAUGGUCAAGCCGCGGAGAGCAAAAGCCAGACGAAAGAGGCCUCUACCGAUGAUGAUUCUUCUUCUUCCGAUGAUGAUGACUCGAGCACUGGCUCGUCCAACGGUGACCCGUUCCACUUGAACAAGUACCUCACGCCAGAGUAUCAGGCAAAGGCCCAGGCUUACCUCAAGGCCUUCGACGAGGCUCAAGCUCAAGUUACAGACAAGCCUAGCGAUAAGCCCGUCUACGGACCCGCUCCUCCACCUUCCUCCACUCAGUCUGGGGGAAAGACCAUCGCCGGCAAGCCGACUGCCAUGGAUAGCCGUUCCCAGCAAACUGCGGAAAGCGACGAGUCUUACACCUUCAUCCAGAGAGACCCGAAGGAGGUUGCCAAGGUCUCUGCUGCUCAGCAGGAGCGAGAUGAGAUCAACCGUCGUGCGUACGAGCGCGUCAAUGCCGCUCACGCUCGUGGUGAAAUUGUUCAUCUCGAGAAUACCAAGCCGAUUCGCGACACUUUCUCGACUGAUAUCAAGAAGGAGGACAUCGUCCCCGGUUUCGGAAAGGGCAAGAACAAGCAGGCUCCUGCCGCCUUCGACGAGGAGGUCUACGCCCACCGCUCGAUUGCGUCUCACACCAUGAAGCCUGCUCCGCUUCGCAUCCCCUCUCGCGCCAAGCAGCCUGCGGUCGACAACGACAAGCCCGGCGCCAAGGACGCCUCGCAGGCUCAGAGAAAGACGUCCUCUGUCUCCGAUGCUCCGCGCUCGUCAAACUCCAGUAGGUACCGCAUGGUUGCUGGAGAGUCCACCUCCUUCACUCAGGCCUACAACGGCAACAACCCGUUCCUGAACAGAACCACGAGCGGCUCUUCCACUCAGAGCGGCGGUCCGAGAAGUAGCGGUAGCGCUCGCAACUUCAGCUGGCCCAAGAGACCCAAGAGCAGCAAGUACGACUUUGUCGACAGUGAUGACGAGGAGGCCACCAAGAAGAAGAAGUCGGACAAGACCCCGGCUCAGACUCAGACCACCACAUCUAGCAGUAGUAGCUCCCCUAGGACUCUUCUGAAUAACACCAAGUGCCUGACCGGCUUCACUCGCAAGAUGGCGCCGCUCCCAAAGCCCCCGGUCGAUGACGAGACUGGCGCCCACCGGAGCUUCACGCCUGAGGAGUACAAGACCGUCAUCCAGGACGAGUUCAACCGUUUCGUCCAGCAGUCUCCCGAGAAGAAGGCGCGCGAUCUCGAGACGGCUCUUGCCAUCCUUAACGGUGUCCCAUCUGCGUCCUCGUCCGCCAGCCGUACCCCGACUGCCCCGGCUCCCGCUGCUGCCUCGGACAACAUCACUCGUCAGACCGUGACUGUCAACCCUUCCCUGCAGCGUCCUGCUGUCCGCCUCGCCGGCGCCACCGCCCUCCCGCCCACGCCCGCCACGUCUGUUGUUCCCGCGACCAUGUCCCAGCAGAUGGCUGAUCUGGACGACUUCUUCGCGGAGGAAAAUGACCACUAUUACACCACCUCCGGCCCUGCCGCCGUGGGCUCCAGCUACGCCUCGAGCUACAACUCCACCGCCUCCACUGGCGAGAAGAACCAGGGGGGGAAGGAGAGCCAGUACAAGGACGAGCCCUGGAAUGAUCCCAACUACCACGAGGAGGCCCUCUCCCACGGCUACGCCUUCAAGAAGACGGGCUACAACAAUCUUCCUGACGACAUGGACCCUGUCCCCCUCACCCGCGGCCAGCGCCGUGAGGUCCUUGAGCACUACGGCAUGACCGAGGCAGACUACCCUGCUCCUCCCGUCGGCUACCCCAACCCUCCCGGCCCCUCGCCCGGCACCGUCGCUCCCCCUUGCCCCUCGCGCCCUGCUCCGUCUGUUCCCGGCCGGGUCACUCCGGCUGGCAGCAUCGGCGGAGGAGAUAGCAGCGCCUCCAGCACCCACGGCGGCUACAGCGACGCUUUCGCUCCUGCUCAGGCUUAUACCCAGGCUCAGGCUCCUGCUACUUUCCAGAGCCUCCGCACCCCUCGUCGCUUCCGUCGCGCUGCGACUGCGCCCCCGGCGCCUGCUCCCGACAGCCCUGCUCCUGGCUAUGACGCUGACUGGUUCUGA